AUGGCCAAGAAAGCCAAGGCACGAUUGAUUAAUGUCCGUCUCAUCUCCAUGGCCAUGACAGGCUUCUUCUAUACCUUCAAGAGACCACGAACCGCGCCUCUCAUGGGCAUGAUGAAAUACGACCCAAUCGGUACGAAUUUGACUCUUUCGGCCUUCGACUGCCACGCCGCUGGCCUAGCGCAAUCGGCUCGCUAA